AUGGCGCAGGCGGGAGCCCCGGUCGCCGUUAUCGCUUUACUGUGUAUCAUUUCCACAGAAACCGUACUAUCUAACAAAGCGCGAAAUGUCUUGAUAUUGUUAGCGGAUGAUGGAGGCUUUGAGCUCGGCGCGUACAGAAACAAAAUCUGCCAAACUCCAAACAUAGAUGCUUUGGCACGACGUAGCAUACUUUUCAACAAUGCAUUCUCCUCCGUAAGCAGUUGUUCACCAAGCCGAGCAGCCCUGCUCACCGGCACGCCGAGCCAUCAGAACGGCAUGUAUGGGCUUCAUCACGGAGUGCACCACUUUAAUUCAUUUGAUAAUGUCACCAGUUUGCCGAAUUUGUUGCGAGAAAAUGGAAUAUAUUCUGGAAUAAUCGGCAAAAAACAUGUUGGUCCAAGCAGUGUGUACAAAUUUGACUAUGAACAGACAGAGGAGAACAACCACAUAAACCAAGUCGGGCGCAACAUAACACAUAUGAAACUUUUGGCCAGAGAGUUUCUAAAAGAAGCAAAUGAACAAAAAAAGCCUUUCUUUUUAUACAUUGGCUUCCACGAUCCGCAUCGUUGCGGACAUAGUGAGCCUCAAUUUGGACCUUUUUGUGAACGUUUUGGUUCCGGAGAACCUGGCACAGGCCAUAUCCCUGACUGGACACCCUGGUACUAUCAAUGGGAUGAGGUAGAACUUCCUUACAAUGUACAGGAUACCGAGCCAGCGCGCAGAGAUAUUGCAGCGCAAUAUACAACAAUGUCAAGACUAGAUCAAGGUGUAGCACUUAUUCUGAAAGAAUUAGAAGCCGCAGGGCACAAAGACGAUACCCUCAUCAUGUAUACGUCUGAUAAUGGUAUACCAUUCCCAUCAGGACGCACUAAUUUCUAUGACUCGGGCCUUCGCGAGCCCUUAAUGAUAUCCUCGCCGGAACCUUCCGCCAGGAAGAAUGCAGCAUCUGGUGCUUUGGUCAGCUUACUUGACAUUAUGCCCACUGUGCUUGACUGGUAUGGAAUUAUUAGAGAACAAGACAUGAAUAAUGAAAUAUGGAGCAACGAUCGUCCUAAAAGCUUAUUACCUAUAUUAGAGAAAGAACCGCCAUAUUCUGACGACGAAGCUGUUUUCGCGUCUCAGACGCACCAUGAGAUUACUAUGUACUAUCCAAUGCGGGCAGUGCGCACGCGCCGAUACAAACUUAUACAUAAUCUUAACUACGGCAUGCCUUUCCCUAUUGACCAAGAUCUUUACGUAUCACCUACGUUUCAGGAUAUUUUAAAUAGAACUCGCAGCAAGCAACCGCUGCCGUGGUAUAAGACGCUUAAACAGUACUAUUACCGCCCACAGUGGGAAUUUUAUGACAUACGGAGCGAUCCCGAGGAAUUGAAAAAUUUGCACGGCAAGCCGUCGCUGCAGCAAGUAGAGGCGGCGCUGCGCUCGCGCUUGCUGGAGUGGCAGCGCGGCUCCGGCGACCCCUGGCUGUGCUCGCCCGACGCCGUGCUGCAGGGGGACCGCGCCAGCGCCGUGUGCCGCUCGCUCGACAACGGCCUCUCGCACUACCACCCGCGG